UCAUUGUUCUCACGAUGUCAAUUACAACUGUAUUUUCCCACGAGUGUCCGUUUCAAAGUUUAGUACCAGCAUCGCGAUAACUGGUAGUAGAGUUGUUGUACUGUACCCAUGAGGAACAUCUCUACCUAUGUGUUUCAAAAGGAGUACCCACACUCGACACAGAAAGCUGACUGGAUCAUUUAUUAGUGUCAAAAGAGGAGUUUAGAGUAAAUUUUACAACCACAGACUAAUUUUCAUUACACUGGCAGAGCAGCCAGUGGCAGAUUUUUUCACCAUGAAUGAGAAUGGUGGAUACUUGUCACAGGGCGUGUAUGGCCUGAACCUCGAAGAGCAAGUUCUCACACAGAAUGGAGUCCAGUAUGCCGUUCGGGGCGCCCAGGCCUUCAGCACAUCGCAGCAGAAUGCUGGUUACAUGGUCACACCCCAGCACCCUCUGGUGUCUUGUGUGAACACUAAUCAACGCCGCUUUAAUGGCCACAUGGCGCAAAGAAACAUAGACAAUCCAGUAGAUUUAUCCAAUGGGAAAGUGACGCCCCUCAAUGGUUAUAUUAAGGAGGAGCAGUUGUAUGGGGACCAGCGUCUUGGAGGGCACGCUCCCUACAACACUCACAAUGGCGUUACAUCAUCGGUGACGGUCGGAAUCCCCGAUCAGUCACAUGGUAUGCUAGAUGGAAGCCAUCAUCUAAUGACAGGCUCCCUGACCCCACCAGACAAGAUCAAUGGUGACUUGAUGCCCCUCCACAACCCAAGCCCCAUGGGGCUUGUGCCCCUCACCCAUCCCAUGCAGGCCCCACCCAGCCCACUACCCACACCCUCACCCCCCAUGAUGCGGCACCAUGGCGACGUGGAUCCCAGACACACAGGAGCUUACAACAACCCCUCACCUCCAAGGGAGAACAUGAGGAAGUACUUACGAGAUCGUGGAGAUCAGAUCCUUGUGAUAUUACAUGCCAAAGUGGCGCAGAAAUCAUACGGAAAUGAAAAAAGGUUUUUCUGCCCACCCCCAUGUAUAUAUUUGUUUGGCAAUGGGUGGAAGAGGAAGAAACAGCAGAUGGAGGAAGAUGGGGCAUCGGAACAGGACACACAAGUGUGUGCCUUCAUGGGCAUCGGUAACUCCGACCAGGAGAUGGUACAACUCAACCUCGAGGGCAAGAAUUACUGUGCAGCUAAAACCUUGUAUAUAUCAGACUCUGAUAAGAGGAAACACUUUAUGUUAUCUGUGAAAAUGUUUCAUGGAAAUGGGCAAGACAUUGGGCUGUUCCACAGUAAACGGAUAAAGGUCAUCUCAAAACCCUCAAAGAAAAAGCAGUCACUGAAAAAUGCAGAUUUAUGUAUAGCUUCAGGGACCAAAGUUGCAUUAUUCAACCGACUGAGGUCCCAGACUGUGAGCACACGCUACCUCCAUGUGGAAAAUGGCAACUUCCAUGCAAGUUCUACGCAGUGGGGAGCCUUCACAAUACACUUACUGGAUGACAAUGAGGAUGAGUCUGAAGAAUUCACCGUCAGGGACGGCUACAUCCACUACGGCUCCACGGUCAAACUGGUCUGCUCUGUCACGGGCAUGGCGCUGCCCCGCCUGAUAAUCCGUAAGGUGGACAAGCAGACAGCACUGCUAGAUGCGGACGACCCCGUGUCGCAGCUGCACAAAUGCUCUUUCUACCUGAAGGACACAGAGAGGAUGUACCUGUGCCUGUCUCAGGAAAGAAUCAUACAGUUCCAGGCAACUCCAUGUCCUAAAGAACCAAACAAGGAGAUGAUUAAUGAUGGUGCAUCUUGGACAAUCAUCAGCACAGACAAGGCUGAGUACACCUUCUUCGAGGGUAUGGGUCCGGUGAAAAACCCUCUAACUCCUGUCCCAGUUGUGCACAGUCUACAUCUGAAUGGAGGUGGGGAUGUUGCAAUGUUGGAACUCAAUGGAGAAAACUUUACUCCUGCUCUCAAAGUGUGGUUCGGAGAUGUUGAAGCGGAGACCAUGUUCAGGAGUGACGAGAGCAUGCUGUGUGUAGUGCCCGACAUCUCUGCCUUCCGUGCCGGCUGGAAAUGGGUCAGGCAACAGUUACAUGUGCCUGUAUGCCUUGUGCGUAACGACGGUGUGAUCUAUGCGACGGGACUUACCUUCACAUACACGCCUGAGCCCGGUCCCAGACAACACAGUCGAGAAGUGGACAGACUGUUUGGCAGGAACACUACGGCCAGUCCGGACUCUACAUCAAAUUACAAUAACCAGUUGUGACAAGACUGAUAGAGCUAUCCUCACAGUGAUUGGACAGACUGAUGUGCCAUCACAAUGUUGUGACACUAACAAUCAUCGAUUGUUCUCACCUCCAAGUUGAUGUUUGUCAACCUGUGACAUCUUCAUCUGUUGCCAGUCUUUUGUUCCUCCUCUCUGAAGAGUUACAUUUGAAUUGUAGGUUAUUUUUUAUAGGUUGGUACUUUUUUAUAUGGAUUUUUAAAAAAUAUAUUGUAACUAUGUUUAGAUUUCCUUUAGAAAUUUGAUUUCAAAAUUCAAAUUUUUAAAAGUAUUUAAUAUUUAUGAAUAGAGGAAUAGCCUUUUUAUAAUGGUAUUUUAUGAAUAAAUUGUAAAUAAGAACACUGACAUGUAAAUAAUGGAAACAGGGGAGACGACUCUUUGAGUUGUAAAUGGGAGUGUGGUCUUGGUAGACGGCGCUACGAUCUCCUGUGCCUUGUUGGUAGCACAGUGCCUUUAUGGGAGACAACUCAAGACUUUGUGGCGUAUAUAUAAAGUGCUAAACACAUCCUUCAGGCCUCGUCACUGAUUUCCUUUGGAGGCCUUUUAGCUGUGAUUUUGUAUCUGACAAUGAAAGCCAGUUGAAGCUACAAGCAGUGAUGUCUACGACCUGGAAUAGUUACCCCUGUCUGUUUGGUUGUGGUUUUGGAAGCGCGCUCCACGCAGACAUUGCCAGACUGUUUCAUCCAAGCUCCGUACAUCACCAAAUCCGUGCUGUAUAUAUGAAGAACUGUGAUUGGGUGCCUUGGACAAGGGGUGUGACUCGGCAGCCACAAAUCGGCAAACAGUUGCAGGUUUCCCAUGCGUCACAAACCCUCUGUACUAACCUGGGUGAUAGCGAAUCUAGAGACAGCUCAGUGUUGUACAUGGCUAAUUUCCUGAAGGGCAACAUGUAAAUUGUAUAAAGACUUGUGCCAUUACUAUGUACAAAAGUAAAAUGGAAGAAUUUCUAUUUUUACCAUAUAUAUGUAGGUCUAUGAAAUAGGCAACCAAAGUUGUCGAAACAUGUAUGUAUUUAAAGACAUCAGUAGGUGUGUCAUAACAGUAUGGAUGGAGAUUCGCCCUGAUUCAAACAACCGUAAGAUUUUAAUUUUACACAUCAUCACAUCAUUUAGCUGUGUAUUUUACUUCAGUAGUCGUUUUGUUUUUUUAAUGAAAACAACUCUCUUCAUCAAGAAUCAUCUUAUGGAUUGUGAGAUUAAUAUUUAUUAGCUUUUCAGUAUCUGUUAUUGUUUGGUUCAGUGGUAACCUCACUCCAGUUGAAAUUGUUAAAGUCUUUAGUGAAUUUGCAUGUUUUUGAUCUGUUCGUUGGUCUCUCUGUUAGUCUGUUGUAAUGAAAGAAUAGUGCUAUAAGCUGAAUUCAAUACAUGAAUGGUUCUGUAUGAAACAGGGCCGGUGGGGUAGCCUGAUGGUUAAAGCGUUCGCUCGUCACGCCGAAGACCCGGGUUCGAUUCCCCACAUGGGUACAAUGUGUGAAGCUCAUUUCUGGUGUCCCCCGCCGUGAUAUUGCUGGAAUAUUGCUAAAAGCGGCAUAAAACCAAACUCACUCACUCACCAAACUCACAGAACUUGUGUCAAGGGUAGAUGAUUGUGAUGAGUUGAUGAGGUAGCCUUGUGGGUGAAGCAUUUGCUCCUUAGGCUCAAGGCCUGGGUUCAACUCCCACAUGGAUACAAUGUCAAGCACAUUUCAGGUGUGCCCUGCCAUGAGGUAGCUGAAGUUUUGCUAAAAGCCUCAUGAAACCAUACAUGGGUAAUCCCUUUUGUUAGCAGUACAGACCAAACCAACUGAACCAAACAUCUAUUGUACUGCAGAAUAAUGUUUCUAGGAUUAACCUGCAUAGAAUCUUUGUAUAUUUAUAUUUUUAGGUAUCAUUCCUGUUGUAUUGACUGUUUGCAGGGUAUUUUAAAACCAGAUUUCCACUUAAAAGCACCUGGGUUGUUAAUGCAAGGGGGAUAACUCUUGUUGCUUUAUGCAGUGGUCUUUUAUUUUACCAAGUUUCAGCUUGAAUACUUUGUAGAUCUAGAAAAUCUAUCUAAGGUAUGUUUUACAGCUGAUAUUCGUUAUUGCUAAUGGGCUGAAGAUUUUUAACAUUCAGAAUAUUUUUUAUUUAUUUUUAUAGUAAAAUCAUAAUUUACAAGCAGUUUGAAUAAAACGGAAAAUAUGUUGAAGUAGUUACUAUGGGUAUCUCAUGGGUGUUUUAUGUCCAUGUGUACUGAAAGAAUUCUUGGUUAUUAGUAAUAUAAUUUUAAUAUCUGGAUUUUAAAAUGUUUCAUUUAUAUAUUUUCAAGUUAUAUCAUCAUCCAAGUAUCUAUAUAUUUGUUGUGUACAACAUUAAUUUUAACAAAUGUUUUGUAGAAUUUGGAAUCUGACAGCACAUUUAUCUUACAGACCAAAGGUUGUUUGUACUUCUAUCAUGUUUCUUCACGUUCAGAAUGAUUCUUGCGUGAACGGAAAUUGUUAAAUAUUAUUUAGGUAUUUUAUAUUCAGCUAUUUAACUUGGUUACUCUUUAUAAUUUCUAUAUAUGACAUCUUGUUAAGGGCUUGUGUCCCGGUAUCAUGCACUGGUGUAUAAGGACUAACAGGUUAUGUGUUCAAGUUCUGUCAGCAAACUAGAAUUAAAGUUCAUGGUGUUAGGGUUUUUGUUGGUCAAAUAUAUUUUAAAUAAAAGACACAAUAUCAUUUUUUUCCCUUAUAGUUAUAAUCAUAGGUGGGAGGUGACAUGUAUUUGACCAUUGUAGCUUCAUCAACAUCUGAACGUCAGACAUUGUUGUUUUACAUUAGGAAGAUAGUUGUUAAGAAAAAUGAUUUUGUUUAUUGAUGUAGAAAUCACUAGCCUAAUUGAGCAAUGUGUUUAGGUUUCCAUUUAGUAAUCAUAAACGAGAUAUGUUGAGGUGGGCUUCAAAAUAUUUCAAAAUUUGAAGUGUUCACAAACUCUGAAGUUCAGUGCCCAGAGUAAGCUCCCUUCCUUGUUCCAGGAUCUAUUGGAUUCUGAUGUUCACCUUGAUUAUACACUUUGGUCUGUCAGCACUAUGCUAUUGCUAGUGGGUUUCACCAAAGAGAUGAAUAAUAAGGACUUUCAUGUUUCUUCCCACACGAAAAUGACACUGUGAUAAUGAAAACUUGUGCCAUGCAGGGCUAUACUCAACACACAUUUAAAUAUCAUUUUUCACACUACCGACAAAUGCUGUGAAAUUACAAACUAAUGGAAAUGACAUGGAGCUGGUGGCCAAGUUGUCUCAAGCCAGGCAGUGGUGUUGUGUCCCAACACUACACAGAAACCAGGCUUGAGACUGACAGUAAUCUAACUGAUAUACUGUUCAAAGUGUUGAUUAGGCAAACUUGAUAACCCUUGGAUCCUACUGGAAUCCUUGAAUUGAAUGUUGGCACUGUGUGCUCUGAGGACUGUCACAGAAACAAGAGUGUUCAUAUUUGAUCAAACAGGCACCAGAGGUGGGAGGUGACAUGUAUUUGACCAUUGCAGCUUCAAUACUAUUACCAUCAUAGUUAAUACUUAGUGCAGCACAUUGAAUUAUUAUGUUAUGAUCAAUUGACUCAGAGGUUUUGAGUUGACCUAGAUGUAUUGGUGUGUACAGUGGAAUAGGUUUGGACAAUAUAGGCAGACUUUUUUACGAUAAUUAGGGCCUAAUUUAUGAUAGUUGAAGAUUAACAUAUUAAGAUAUUUUGUAUUACUGGCUUUGGCAUAAGCAGUUUGUUUUUUUAUAUCUUUACUCAUAUGUAUAGGAUAUAUGGCGGCAAAGUUCAUUCCACUGCCCUGUUUUGCAGAGGGUCGUAUCUCGAUGCUUGUGAGAGUUACGAUGUCCUUGAGAAAUGGGACCCAGGGCAAAAGGUUUCACUUCGGUGAAUCUGUGUUUUAAUUCUCAUGCUCUAUAACACCAUUUUUGAUAUUUCACAGGCUUUGUGUACAAUAUGUUCGUCCACCACCCGUUAAUACCUCCGUCGGCGCACAAUGUUUAGUGAUCUGUCGUUACGGGAUGUUGAAGUAAUGUUCAGAGCAGACGAAAGCUGUGGCACGUGUUGCAUGGGAAUACCGUGUGUAUGAUGUAACCUGAGCUCUCAUUGGUCUGAUGAAGCGGUGGGAUUCCUCUUGUUUGACAUGAUUCAUUGGUUAAAUAUAGUUACUACACAACACCGAGUUUGUAUGUAUUCACAGAUGGUGGAGGAACAUAGUGUACACGACCAAUGACGUAUUGACAAUAGUUACCUGAUUAUCAUUUUCUAUUAUGUUUAUGCGUUGUUUAUAUGUACAGAGAACUUAACUUUAACCGUUGUUUGAAUCAGGGGGUUCUGUGAAACUUUCUAAUGCCUCCCAAGUGUACAUACUUACAAAUAUGUCACACGUAUAGACAGUUUCAGACCUAGCUUUUGUAAUUGCCUUCUGUAUAAGAUUUAUUAAAAUGUGAUCAACAUUU